CUGAGGGUUAUUUGUGGAGCCAAAAACUCGUCAGGUAAGGAAGUGGUUAAAUGGAUCUCUCCCCACAAUUCCAAUUAUUGGGACAAAUUGGUUUAUAACAUGAUAUAAAAGUUACGUUGAUUUGUACUUAAAGUCAAAUGUUCAAGUUCACACGAUCUUGUUCUCUUUAAAAUCACAACAUUUGUGCAAAUCCAUGGUAGUUAAAUGUUGACUUGCCCUGAUUUUUAAUUUCGAAUGCAAAAUAUUACAGGGUGGACUCGGUGCUUCCUCUGCCGUACAGCGUGUUCUGGCUGGGAUUCCAGUACGCCAUCGCCGGAGCAUCCGAUCUGUUCACGCUGGUGGGAAUGAUGGAGUUUUUCUACUCGGAAAGCGCCGUCGGCAUGAAGGGAUUGGGCGCCGGCAUCACUCUGUCGUCGUUGGCGUUCGGGUUUUACCUGAGCUCGGUGGUGGUUCGAGUUGUGAACGAAGUCAGCGGCGGCUGGUUGGCCAGCAAUAAUCUGAAUCGCGACAAGCUGGACUAUUUCUAUUGGCUGCUAUCGGGGCUCGGCGUCGUGAACUUCAUGGUUUAUUUGUUCUGUGCCUAUUCCUAUAGGUACAAGAAGGUGGAAUUCGUUGAGAAGCAAAAUGGAGAAAAGGAUGAAGAAACGUGAGAGUGCAGGAGAGGGUUAAGAGAAUAAUAUAGCUGAUUUCACAUCAAUCACGCAAUCAGCGGUUGAUGUGAUAUUGUGAUUUUCAUGGGAUUCAUGAGAAUAAUGCAUGAAAAAAAAAAGAAGCUUUAACUUGACGAGAUGGGUUGAAAAAGUGAUUAUGUAUGUGAUUAAGUAAAUGUUAACAUGGUGAAAAUAUAUUAUAUGCACGUAAGCGUGCCAUUACGUUGUUACACCGUGACACGAAAGGUUACACAAUCUAAUGUGAUGAGUCAAUUUUUGGUGAGUUGAUGGGUUGGUUUGUUAAUAAAUUUUUGAUUGGUAC